AGGCGCGGAAUGCCGGGUAAUGUAGUCACAAUGUGCAGCGGGCUGACUUGUGAGUGUAGAAGGGACAUUGUACAACGUGUUUGUGACAGGAAGGCUGCAUGGUGUGACUGAGCUCUGCGCUGCGGUACCGCCAGGACACAGGGAAUAAAGCAGUGGGCAGUGUGUGCAGAGGUGUCUGGCAGCCAAGGCAUAAUGGAGAUGUGUGUACAUGGCAUCUGAAAACAGAUGUGCAGGAACCAUCAGACAGGAGAUUGUGACUGAUGCCCCCAUUCACUUUAAUUCCCAUCUCUGCACUGCUCUAUUUUUGGGAGAAGGGUAUAAUCUUAAAAUGGAGGCAGAUCAUGAAAAGAAUGAGAAGCUGGAGCCUCCAGAGGAACAUGAGCCUCCUGUGGAAGACACGCCAUCGCCCUCCGAGGACAAGCCAGCACCGACAGAGGAGCUCAAAGGAUGGAAGUUUCUUCUCUUUUACCUGUGCUUUUAUGGGUUUAUGACUCAGCUGCGCCCAGGAGAGAGCUUUAUAACUCCAUUCCUACUUAGUCCAGCAAUGAAUUUUACCAAAGAGCAGGUCACCAAUGAGAUUACUCCAGUGCUGAGCUACUCCUAUAUGGCAGUGCUAGUGCCAGUUUUCCUCCUGACUGAUUACUUGCGGUAUAAACCGGUGCUGAUCCUCCAGAGCCUCAGUCACAUCUCUGUCUGGUUAUUGCUCAUAUAUGGAACAGAUGUAAUUGCAAUGCAGUUUAUGGAGUUCUUCUAUGGCAUCACCAUGGCAGCCCGAGUUGCAUAUUCUUCCUACAUCUUCUCACUGGUUUCUCCUUCCAGAUAUCAAAGGGCAGCUGGGUACUCCCGAUCUUCAGUGCUUAUGGGGGUUUUCUUAAGCUCUGUCUUAGGACAGCUGUGUGUCACAGUGGCCGGUUCCCCCUUUAUGACUCUCAAUUACAUCUCACUGGGCUUCAUGUCAUUUGGACUGAUCCUCACUCUUUUUCUGAAACGUCCCAAGAAAAGUCUUUUCUUCAAUAAAAGAAUUUCUAAGGAACAAAAUGGGGUUCACCAGGCUGAUUUACAAAAAUUGAAUCCUGAAGCCAAAGUUGAGGGAUUGUGCAGUGGGUGGAAAGACUCUGUGUUUUUCCGCAUGCUCCGAGAACUGAAAGUAACUGUUCGUCAUCCCAGACUACGUAUCUGGUCAAUAUGGUGGAUCUUUAAUUCUGCGGGGUAUUACCUUAUGCUGUACUACGUGCAGAUUCUAUGGAACGAGAUCUAUCCUACCAUAGACAACCGCAAGGUAUACAAUGGGGGUGUUGAUGCUGCUUCUACACUUCUUGGUGCCAUCACCUCAUUUUCGGCGGGGUAUGUUAAGAUCCGCUGGAGUUUGUGGUCCGAGUUGGUUAUUGGAGUGGUCACUGCUUUCCAGGCAGGGCUUCUUAUGCUCAUGAAUUCGACCUCAAAUAUCUGGGUGUGCUAUGUGGCUUACAUCCUUUUCCGCAGUUCAUACCAAUUCUUGGUUCCCAUCGCCAUUUUCCAGAUUGCCAGCUCUAUGUCCAAAGAACUGUGUGCACUGGUGUUUGGAAUCAACACCUUUUUUGCUACAAUAUUGAAAACUAUCAUCACCAUUAUUAUCGCUGACAAAAGAGGCUUGGCGCUUUCUGUGCACCCUCAGUUUUAUGUGUAUUUUGGUUACUUCACACUUUUGGCAGUAUUGUACCUUGUGGCUGCUGCCUGGGUUAUCAUCCGGUACAAGCAAGAAGAGCACGUGGAAGAAAAUGAACCGGCAAAGCCACAAGCAUCCACCGAGCAGAAGGUGGAGACAGAUAAAUCUACUGUCGAGUCACAUGCAUGAUUUGAGAUUGUGGCCAAGUGUAGAUGAUCAGUGUUCCAGUAUUAGCACUUACUCUGCAGCGGUCUGUGCUGUGUGCAGGGCUGCCGCAGUUAGAAGUAAGUCUUUAGGCAUAAUGAGACCUAGUUGUGCUAGUGUCAAGGUACAAUGCUGUGAGAUCUCGCCCUCUUGCACAACAGCCGUAUGAGAGAUGUGUUUGAACAAGGCUGCUUUGUGUCCUGGAAGAAGGAAAUGGUUUACGAAGUCUACUGAGAACAACUAAAGAAUAAGAAUCUCAGGGAUUUGGCAUUGCCAAAAUACGGAGAGUUCUUUUUUUUAUCUUGGAUGUCAGCGGAUGUAGUUCUCUUAUUAGCCUUCGAAACAGCGUUUUCCAAACAGUGAGUCUCCAGCUGUUGCGGAGCUACAACUCCCAGCACGCCCGGACAGUUGAAGGCUCUUCCCUAUUAUGUACAGUGUUAGGAAUAAUGAAAGGCUCACACUAUGGGUGUAAAAGUGCACUUACAGUUUUCUAUUACUGUUUGUAUAUACAGAAAUUUGAUGAACACGGUUUUGCAUUGUUUGCAUAUUCCCUGUACCUUUUGGACCAAAAUAAACAGAGAA